CGCGGCUUGGAUGCGUAUCCGGGUGGAAAGACGCGUCCAGCGGUGACCAAAGAAAAAGACCAAAAAAAAGGAAACGGGACUUUUAAUUUGUUGUUUUUAAGAAAACUCGGAUUUUUGGAACCCUCAGGUGGUCGUCUUAAAUCAAAAGAAGCAACAUGGGACGAGGAGAAGGUCGAGAACAAUAUGAGCUGGCGGCCACGUCAGAGCAGGGGGGCAAGAAGCCAAAGCCCAAGGGCAAAAAAGAGAAAGAUAAAGACAUGGAUGAACUGAAGAAAGAAGUGGAUUUGGAUGAUCACAGAUUAUCCCUGGAUGAACUCGGUAAGAAAUACGGCACUGAUUUAACCAAGGGAUUGUCUGCUUCCCGUGCUACUGAAAUCUUGGCUCGUGAUGGACCCAACGCUCUGACUCCACCUCCAACAACACCCGAAUGGGUGAAGUUCUGCAAGCAGCUCUUCGGAGGCUUCUCAACUCUCCUGUGGAUUGGAGCAAUCCUUUGUUUUCUGGCUUAUGGUAUCCUGGCCGCCUCAGAGGAUGAACCUGCCAAUGAUAACUUGUAUCUGGGAAUCGUGCUUUCUGCUGUCGUGAUGAUCACUGGAUGUUUCUCUUACUAUCAAGAGGCCAAGAGCUCCAAGAUCAUGGACUCCUUCAAGAACCUCGUCCCUCAGCAAGCUUUGGUCAUCCGUGAUGGCGAGAAGAAGAAUAUCAAUGCUGAAGAAGUGGUGGUGGGAGAUCUUGUGGAGGUCAAGGGUGGAGACAGGAUUCCUGCAGAUCUGCGUAUCAUCUCCGCGCACGGAUGCAAGGUGGACAACUCUUCCCUCACUGGUGAAUCUGAGCCUCAGACUCGAGCCCCUGACUUCUCCAACGAUAACCCUCUGGAGACACGAAACAUUGCGUUCUUUUCUACCAACUGUGUUGAAGGUACUGCCAGAGGUGUCGUCAUUAACACUGGUGACCGCACAGUCAUGGGUCGUAUCGCUACUCUUGCUUCUGGUCUUGAAGUGGGUAGAACCCCCAUCUCUAUUGAGAUUGAACAUUUCAUCCACAUCAUCACCGGUGUAGCCGUCUUCCUUGGUGUGAGCUUCUUCAUUUUGUCCUUGAUUCUCGGCUACAGUUGGCUGGAAGCCGUCAUCUUCUUGAUCGGUAUCAUUGUCGCCAAUGUGCCCGAGGGUCUCUUGGCUACUGUCACUGUGUGUCUGACUCUGACAGCCAAACGUAUGGCAAAGAAGAAUUGUCUGGUGAAGAAUCUUGAAGCUGUGGAGACUCUCGGCUCAACCUCCACCAUCUGCUCUGACAAGACUGGAACUUUAACCCAGAACAGAAUGACUGUGGCUCACAUGUGGUUUGACAACCAGAUUCACGAAGCAGACACCACAGAGAACCAAAGUGGAACCGCGUUUGACAGAAGCUCAGCUACGUGGGCCGCCCUCGCACGCGUUGCCGGCCUGUGCAACCGCGCCGUCUUCCUUGCCGAACAAGAAAGCGUCCCGAUUUUAAAGAGAGAUGUGGCAGGUGAUGCAUCUGAAUCUGCCCUUCUGAAGUGCAUAGAGCUCUGCUGUGGGUCUGUGAAAGGGAUGAGAGAGCAAUACAACAAAAUCGCCGAGAUCCCUUUCAACUCCACCAACAAAUAUCAGCUUUCCAUCCACAAGAACCUCACACCGUCUGAAACCAAACACCUGCUGGUAAUGAAGGGAGCUCCAGAGAGAAUCCUGGACAGGUGCGCUUCCAUUUUGAUCCAAGGAAAAGAGCAGCCACUCGAUGAUGAGAUGAAGGAUGCCUUCCAGAAUGCCUACUUGGAACUUGGUGGUCUGGGAGAAAGAGUACUUGGAUUUUGCCACUUCCACCUUCCCGAUGAGCAGUUCCCAGAGGACUUCCAGUUUGAUUGCGAUGAAGUUAACUUCCCAACUGAGAACCUUUGUUUCAUUGGCCUUAUGUCCAUGAUCGACCCUCCUCGUGCCGCUGUACCAGAUGCUGUGGGCAAAUGUAGGAGCGCUGGAAUCAAGGUUAUCAUGGUUACCGGUGAUCAUCCAAUCACAGCCAAGGCCAUUGCCAAGGGAGUUGGUAUCAUCUCUGAGGGCAACGAAACCGUCGAAGACAUCGCUGCUCGCCUUAACAUUCCUGUUAAUGAGGUCAACCCAAGGGAUGCCAAAGCUUGUGUGAUUCACGGUGGUGACUUGAAGGAUUUGUCCUCUGAGCAGUUAGAUGAUGUAUUAAAACACCACACAGAAAUCGUGUUUGCCAGAACAUCUCCUCAACAGAAGCUGAUUAUUGUUGAAGGUUGCCAGAGACAGGGUGCCAUCGUAGCUGUAACAGGUGAUGGUGUGAAUGACUCUCCUGCUCUGAAAAAGGCUGAUAUUGGUGUGGCUAUGGGUAUUGCUGGAUCUGAUGUAUCCAAACAGGCCGCUGACAUGAUUCUACUGGACGACAACUUCGCCUCAAUCGUCACUGGAGUAGAAGAAGGUCGUCUGAUCUUUGAUAACUUGAAGAAAUCCAUCGCUUACACCCUCACUAGUAACAUUCCUGAGAUCACUCCCUUCCUCUUCUUCAUCAUUGUCAACAUCCCUCUUCCUUUGGGAACCGUCACCAUUCUCUGUAUCGAUCUGGGCACUGACAUGGUUCCAGCUAUCUCAUUGGCCUAUGAAGCUGCUGAAAGCGACAUCAUGAAACGUCAACCCAGAAACCCCAAGACGGAUAAACUUGUAAAUGAGAGACUUAUUAGCAUAGCCUAUGGUCAAAUCGGAAUGAUUCAAGCUCUGGCUGGGUUCUUUACGUAUUUUGUCAUCCUGGCCGAAAACGGUUUUCUCCCCUCAACGUUACUGGGUAUUCGAGUGUUUUGGGAUGACAAGCAAGUCAAUGACCUGGAGGACAGCUAUGGUCAGCAAUGGACAUACGAGCAAAGGAAGAUUGUCGAGUUUACAUGCCACACAGCCUUCUUCACCAGUAUUGUCAUCGUACAGUGGGCAGAUUUGAUCAUCUGCAAGACCAGAAGGAACUCAGUUUUCCAGCAAGGAAUGAAGAAUAAGAUCCUCAUCUUUGGACUGUUUGAAGAAACUGCUCUAGCCGCUUUCUUGUCCUACUGCCCAGGCAUGGACGUCGCUCUUAGAAUGUACCCACUUAAACCAAACUGGUGGUUCUGUGCUUUCCCCUACUCACUCCUCAUCUUUAUUUAUGAUGAAAUCCGUAAACUCAUCAUCCGACGCAGCCCAGGAGGUUGGGUGGAGAGGGAGACCUACUAUUAAAGUGUUCAGUCUGCAUCACACAAGUUUAUUUGCAUGGUUGACUUGCUGCUCGGAAUUUUAACCUCAGUAAUCUGGAUGUGUUUUUAUAUAGGGAAUGCUUGAUACAAACACUGAGAUCGUGAACCAAGACAUUGCGUGCCUUGUUUCUGAAGCCGGACCAAUUUUAUACGUGUUUUUAAAAGUGUAAUAUAAAAUAAACUUGCAGUCAGGUCCCACCCUUUGUGUCUUUCAUUUCAUUUGAUUUAUUUUUACGUUUUGUCUGUUGUUUAUCUAUAUUUUUUUAAUUUGGCAAGUGCUUGAAGCUCGAGUGCAUGACAGGAAUGCUGUUUGUCUGGAUUUCCCAUUACUUUACCUUUUUGGUAACCCUUUGGUACAAAAUGUACCGUAUUUCAACUACAAUACCGUUACUGUAAAAUCUAAUAAUGAACUCUACCUAAAAUACUGCAAGAAGCUUUUGUCAUUUAAAAAAACCAAUAAUGACAAUAACUUCAAUUUCACUGUUAAUGUUUUGUAAGGGGAAUGACAGACAUGAUAUAUUAAAAAGUGGAUGAAAGGUACUAGCAUGGACUUAAUUUUCUUCCCAUUUCAACAGCCUCGGUUACUAAAAAGUAUAUGAUCUGUUUGGUUGCAAGAUCCCAUCCAGGUCUCAUAUCUGCAAAGUUUCACUUUCCUCCACCCAUCCUGCCGAAAUCAAAGCGGAAAACUCAUCCAUCACAGUUUUAGACGUUAAAGAGCCAACAGUUUAUAAGAUCAAUCAUAUUUUACUAAUACAGGAUACUUUAACUGUCUGACAACUGAGAUGAAGAUCGUAAAACCAAGCAUUGAGUAGUUUAAUACCGAUACCUCUCAUAAAUGCAUUUCUGGCAUUGAAUUUCAUUCCAAGUGGACACUGCAUUCAAUCAAAUACCUGUUGAUGUAAAGCCACUCUUAUGUAAUCAUUAAAGUAAUAACCAAAUACCCUUAUUAUUAAAUAUUUUUGGUUCUCUUGCAUAGCAGGUGGUUGUGUGGCUUGAAUAAUUUGUCAUGUAUGCAUCUAACCUGAUGGAUGAUGGAUCCGGUUGCGGUAGGUUGGGAUUCGAGAUUGUGUUCCUAAAACCUGGAUGAGAGUCGAAUUAUCAUGCGUAGUAAUGGCUAAUUUCAGAUGAGGCUGUUGAAAUGCGUUUUAUUUGCUUGUUUAAUACAUUACCUACAAUUCAUUAACUUGCACUCUCAUGAACUUGCGCAAGAUGCGCCAUUAAACUCAAUUUAUUUUCAUUAUCAGCGAUUUAACCUGCUGAGCUCAGGUUGUGUUUGCUCACUUUUGAUUAAUUGCAUAUAAAGUGCAAAAGAGUCGAUUCACAAGUGCAGUUUUAAAGCCAGUAAUCUGCCAUGUGCUCGCUGUUAAAUCAUAGUUGCCAAAAUCACCAAAUGUGUGAAUCUUACAAAUACAUUCCCAAGUCAUUUCAUCACUAAGACCAAGAGCAUUAUAAGAACCAUUCAGAUUAGAUUUUUUUUAGGAUUCGUUCAAUCUUAACACUUACCAGCACUGCCAUUUAUUAACUAGCUUAUAACUGCAGUGUUUUUAUCGUAUCAGUUGUAUUCAGUCUCUUAAUGAAUCAUUCCUAUUAUUUCCAUUUUCAGUGAGUAGCAGAGUACUUAGGUUUUAGGAUGAGGGGUCAGGGAGAGGUCGGAGGUUUUAUGACCGAGUGACCUCGAGUGGGAGUUUGUAAUAUCUAUGUUAUGUCUGUGCAUGAUUUCUGCAUGACGUUCACAUGACUAUGCAUUUGAAAUUUAGGUUGUUCUCUGAUGUGUUCGAAACGUUUGGUCUGUGAAAGAGUGAAAACCAUUUUUUAAGGGACUGCAAACCAACUCCAGACCAACCGAGGCACCAGCUGUAGUGUUUGAUGCACCCUCAACAAUAAACAGAUGUGCAUGUACAAAAUCCAUUUUUUGGAAAAAAUGAAGCAUCAUCCAUUAAAAAUGGGGCUCGUUGAUCAUUUAAACUUGUUGUAUACGCUGAAUCUAAAUGUGAUUGUAUUCCUUAGAGAAUGACGACUGUUACAAUGACUCAAUAAAGCAGACUUUCUACAACGUCUACCGGA